AUGCCGCCCUCCCGCUCCAGCGUAACGAGCGACAGCCAUGAGCGCCUCGAACCACGACUCCUGCGCGCUGCAGAAUCAAACGACGUCGAUUCCCUCAAAAAAACAAUAGCCCUGGCCCAAGAGCACAACCAAUUAACCGACAACUUCCUCCGCAUCGGAUUGAUGCGCAGUGCAGAACGAGCAUGUGUCGCCGCAACAGAAUGUCUCCUUACCCUCGGCGCAAAAACAGAUGUCUCCUCAAACCGCGCCUCACCACUCCUCCGCGCCGUAGAGCAUGACCACUACGAAAUCGUCCGUCUCCUCCUAGACCACGGCGCCAGCCCAGACUCCGCUGAUAAAGAGGGUCGCACAGCCCUCAUGACUGCCGCAUGGAAGAAUCACGCUGAUAUCCUACAUAUGCUCAUUAUGCGCCGCGCGGAUGUCAACAAGCAUGAUCUGCGUCGCCGGAAUGCGUUGCAUAACCUUGCUGCCGAUAAGGCUUGUCGGUGGGGGUGGGGGGACGAGGUUGUGAGGUUGCUGUUGAAGACGAAGUGUGCUCUUGAUGGACCUCGGGGGCACGAUGAGCUUGGUCGGACGCCUUUACAUUGGGCUUGUGCGUCGGGGAAUUGGAGAUUGGCGGAGAUGUUGCUGACGAGGACUGGUGAGGUGGAUGGGGAGGCGCAGAAGCCUGCGGAGAUCGAUGCUGUUGAGUUGCGUGGUAAGACCGCGUUGCAUAUUGCGACAGCUCAUGACCGGGUGGAUAUCGUGCAACUUCUGCUUGCGCACAAAGCGGCUGUGAAUGCUGCUAGUGAUGGUGGCUGGACGCCGCUUCAUAAUGCUUGUGAUAAAGGAUGUGAAGAGAUUGUGCGGAUUUUGCUGAGUGAAGGCGCACAUAUCAAUGCACAGCUUUUGAAUGGAAUUACGCCGCUGCAUCUUGCUGCCCAGGGGGGUCAUAGUGAGGUGGUGAAGUGUCUUCUCGAGAGGCCGGAUCUGAAGCGGAGGGUUAGGGAUAAUUUUGGCAGUACGCCGUUUCUGCGCGCGGCGCAGUUCAAGCGCAAGGAUAUUGUGCAGUUGCUUGCGCCGUUUAACAAUGUCGAGAGUUUGUCGGAUGAUGUUAAGGAGGCUUGCGCCGCGUUCGAUGCUACUGUUGUUGAUUUUGGAAACUUUCAUAAUGAGAAUCGGGUCAAGCGCAUGUCGGUGUUUAAUUUGCUCUAUGGGAGGGACCAGGAGAAUCCUAGGAAACAGGCUUUUACCACUGUGCCGGCUGAUAGUCGCGCGACAAAAUUCCGUUGGAUUCACUUGCCGGCGAAUAAUAUGGCAUGGGUGGAAGCCCUGCUUACCAAGUCUUUUAUCGAGGAAGGGUCCCAUGAUGUUGAUGGAUUCAAGGGGUUGGAGAGGUCUUUUAACUAUCAACAUCGGGGUCAAAGGACUCACUCGCACUUUAUGCGGCCGUUAUGUCAGAAUACACCGCGGACGAUGCUGCGGCGAUAUGAAGAGGGGACUUUAGAGGAGCCUGUAUCUGAUCAAGGGCAGCCCAAGGACAUGGAUAGCGCAGCCCGAAAGCAAAAAGGCACAGGCAUCAAGCCUGACAAGGCGGAUUCUUAUUUCCCCGAUGAAAUACAUGGAAAAAAGGGGAAAAACAAUCCAAAGCGUGGCAAGUCGGGCAGCGCACCGGGAACUCCCAAGCAGCCUGAGACGAAAGGGAAGUCGCCGUGGGGACAAAGUGAGAAACAAGCGAGGUCAUCACCUCUGGCUUCAUCAACCUUUUGUAAAGAUCCUCAUCCUCUGGUCUCUGCAUGUAAUGUCUGCGUGUUCAUGCCAUAUCUACACUUUGAGACCACGGAGCGCAGACAACAGAUGCAGGAUGCAAUCUCACGAGCAGAAACGCUGGAUUUUGUAUCCAAUGGGAUAAAGCGAACGCGCACAAGAGAUGUAUUGCUCAUCGACGCCCAUCUAUCAUCCUCAACGACCUCCCUCCAUGUCCGCCGAACACUGGACCAGUUUUUCUACCCAAACAUCGACACCAAGAGCCGUGACCAAGAUCAAGUGGUGUACCGGUACCAAACACAAAGUCCCGGAAUGGGGGCAGAUCCCAAGAUAUUCAUGGUUGAUCAACUGUGGAUGUGGGUUCUAGGCACAAAUUUGAUUGUAACAGCUUUCCCACAGAGGUGGGAUCAGCCCAAGAAUGACCCGCUCAACGUCUUGGAUGGGAUUAUCGAGGAUAUCAAUUCCAAAACUCGAGACCCUGUCCAAUCCGUCUACGAUCUAGCCAUGAUAAUCACUAAUAGAUGCUCGGGGGUCUUCGAUCGACACCGUAUGGGCGACGAGGAGUACCAGUUCCUAGAUAUGUUCGAGUCUUCCAUCGGUAUUGCUACAGACAAAGAGACCGUGCUUUUUAACCAAUUCAACCACGCCUCCGGACAGGCAUCAGAUUGGCUGAAAAGCCACCGCAAGCUGAACGGCUCCUUUAGCUCUCCGCCAAAAUCUGGCAGUGGGAUAGACGAUGAUCAAAGCAGCAACUACUGCGACGAGGACGGCCAGCCACUAUUUGUCGACAGACUCCUGGAUAUCGGACAGGAGACCAAUCUUCUUGCUGAGACAAAGGACAUCCGAGACGAGCUGAACAUGAUCCGGACCGUACUGGAGCACCAGCAUAACGUACUGCUUGACUUCCAGGAAGUCAUCUGCGAGACCUACCAAGGCCAGCACCGAUCACAAUUCGAGGUUAAGAAACGGUUCAAAGACCAGCAGCGCAUGAUUGACAUGCAUCUGAAGGACAUUGACCGCAUGGAUAAACAAGCCGAGCGCAUCUACCACUCCAUCACGGAUUUGCUCGAUCUCAAGCAAAAACACGCCAAUGCUUUCGAAGCGCGCUUUGCCCGUGAUCAGGCCGCCGGUACAACCCGCCAGGGAAAGACAAUCAUGGUCUUCACCAUUGUUACUAUCAUCUUCCUGCCGCUGUCGUUUAUCGCCUCCAUGUUCACGAUCAACCUGAAAGAAUUCGAGAACUUAAGUCUUGGCUAUGUGACAAAAUUCACCUUUGGUAUCGGCUUUGCAAUCUCUAUCCCACUUGUCUGGCUCGCUCUCACGGUUGACGAUAUUGGUGGCUUUUUCCGCAUGGGAAGCCGGCGCUGGCGGUCUAGCCGAGAGAAGGUACUUGCGAAGAGUGAACGAGGCGACGAAACGCUUCAGGCUUUGGAGAUGGAGAAAAUUAUCAGUUUGUCGCGCAUGCGGAGGAGCAUCGACGUUGGAUAUGGUGGUAGUCUGUUACCUGUUUCUUCUCGCGGCACGGGGGCUUCGAGGCGGCCUGAUCUAUAUGUCGGUGGAUUAGGCAAUGGAGCUGUGCGCAAAAGUUAUGAUCUGCGGUCUAGUGUAGAUCACAGAUCACGAUGA